UUGUAUUCAAUGUUCCAGCAGAUAUUGGUUGGUAUUGUGCACAACAUUUAAAUGUGUUGCCUACAAGUGAUACUGUGGCUUAUUUUUAUCGAAUGAUUAAAAUAUGGCAUUUAGUUACCUAUAGUAUACAAUGCUGGACAACACUUCAGCUAUGUAUUUUAUUUUGGUUAACUUUUAUUUUCAGCCCGAUAGUACGACAUCAAUGUAGACAUUUAUUUUGUAAUUGUAAACAAUUUUAUUGUACACAAAAGUAUUUUACAUGUGGUUUCUGUGGUUACAAUUGUUUAUGA